AUGGCCCGCUCAAGAGGCUCCGUUGAUAAUACAACUACCUAUCUGAGUGUCAAUCACCGUGAAUUGAAGAUGUCGAACGGGAACCAUAGUCCUACAAUACUCACGCCAGCGACCUCCGUUGCCCCAAGCACAACCGGUGUAAGCGACAAGCCGAAGCUGCCUCUUGCAGUGAGGAAGAAUGUCCGAGAUAAUUGGGAGGCCAAGCGAAGUGAACUAGAGGCUCGAUUGUCAUCAGUGCUUGGGACACCUUGGACUGCGGCGAUAGAUCCUGCCGAGCUCUUCAGCUUCGCUACUGGUAACCAGUAUGCGAGCCAGAAUAUGGGCGAGAUGAUCGCGGAAUACAUAUCUACAGCCACCGAUCGAGUUACGGAAUUCUCAGAGAAAUACGGCUCUGAUGGCAUCAGCGACCUGAACAACGUUGCGGGGCAACACACCAUCGGGAUCGCGCAUACAUCAAGAUCUGACGUGAACUACUCCGGAUGUGAGAUCAGUAAUGGAUGUCUAUUGCUCUUGUUCAAAGAUGACGGUCUCGGUGUCAAUAUUUACAGUGCUGCCGACGAUCUUGCCAUUGCCGUUGACAACGCCGAGGUUGUAGGAAAUGGUGGGGAUGUGACCAAGCUCGGUUUCCUCGCCCGCAGCUCUAUCAAGGCAGACUACGACCUCAAAAUCGACGAGGUCAAAGCCGACAUCCAAAAGACUCUUGAUCUGUCAGUCUUGGAACUCUCCCCUGGCUUUGAAGAGAAUUAUGCCAAAUUGGCUACAUACGAUGCCGCGAAGAACUAUGAUUUUCCGAGAGACUUCAAGGAAGUAUUCGGCGAUUAUGUCUUUCAGUAUUUUGAAGGGUUCGCAGAGGCGCUGAAGGAUAGCGGGUUUGCUGGUGAUGAUAUGAUGCAGGAGGGGUUCAAAGAAGCCGUGGAGAAGAAUGAGAUUGGAUUGCGAGUUGUCGACAAGCUUGAAAAGGGCGACUAUAACGAGUGCGUGAUUGAGAAUGGUGUGGUGUAUAUGCAGACGACGGCGGAAAAUUGGACGGUCAAUAUUCGAGAUCCAGCACGGAGGCUCAUCGACCUGCUGUGA